AUGGAAGGCUUCGGGAGGAACAACACAAUAGAUAUGCUCGGUGAUCUUGUCUGGUACUUCCUGCCCACCGUGGUCAUAGUGCCACCGCUCGGGCUACCGGCCAACGCCCUGGUCAUACGCCUCCUGCUGGGUAAACCCGGCAUCUGCUCCACCUCAGAGAUCUUCACGCUCAACCUGGCGCUCUUCGACAUGCUGUUCUGCCUCUCACUCCCCGUUGAGUACAUCCGUUUCGUGUGCAAAAUCACGGCAGAGGCUGGUAACUUUGUGGCUUGGGGUUUGAACCAAGCAGGGGGGCCGAUGUUGCUCUGCAUGUUGGCGCUGGACAGCUACGUGGGCGUCUGCCACCCUCUGGUCUUCCUUCGGCUCAAGGAUCCCAAACUGCGACUGUCGUUGUGCUCGGUGGUGACCGCCGUAACUGCUGCCUCUUGCGGUCUGGUGAAGGUCAAUGCAAGAUACAAGUGGAACGUGAUAAUGACGCUCCUGUUCUGCAUCAUAGUCAUCAUAUCAACCUGCAACAUCCUGAUUCUCAAGUCCCUCCGCCAGUCGGGGCCAAACAGGAAGGAGGUCCAUCCGAUGAAAAAGCGAGCGUUCAAGAUAGUGAUGACAGCGUUCGUGCUAGUCAACUUCCACUACCUCCCUUCAUUCACCGAGUACCUGCUGAGGGAGUUCGGUCCGAGAUUUUUUAGUCCCUUCUCAGUCCUCACCAGUGUCACCUACAUGAUCCUCUCCAUGGGCAGUGUCCUCCAGCCUCUGAGUUAUCUGGUCCGAACCAAACGGCUGUCCAGGAUGAGAUGUCACUGUGGCUCCACCGCCGAGGAAAAAGCUGGGGCAACAGUUUAG